UCAACCUGCACAUGCUAACAAAAUGAAAUAAUGAGUAACAAACUUUUCUUUCGCCGUUGCUCUGAUUGCAUCCCGUCCGACCGGUAGACAUCACCGCCCCUCCGGUGAGCAAAAUGACGAAAUCGAGCAUCCUCUCUCGGCAGAGAAGACUUCCGGGUGUGUCUGACUUUUCCUCACUCUGGCUCCCUGACCUGUCCCCAGCUUUCAGAACAGGGUCUGGUUUAGAGUCCACUUCUUAACGCUUGCGUGAGGAUUCAACUGCAGAAGUCGGACAGAAGGAAGACAAUCUGACGGCUGGAGGAGGAAGAAGAAGAAGAAGAAGAAGACGGUGGAGGAGGAGGAGUUUGUUUUGAGGCUGUGAAGGUAAAAUCUGUUUGAUGUGACACCUUUGGGAGCAGCUCGGGGUGUGUGUGUGCUGUUAGCUUGUCUCUGAGUGUCCACACAGACAGGUAAACACCGUUUGUCCGGACGUUAACGUGCGCACACCGGCGAUAUGCUGACAGACGAACACGCCGGACUCGCUCGGUUUAAAGGGAAGUUUACCUGCUUUGAGAGGGAAACGUUAGCUUAAAACAACACACGUUACACUCCGUCCUCCUCUAAAACUCACGCGCUUUAAGGUCAGAGGUCAUUGCAGAGGCCGCAGUGUGUGCUGCUGCUGUUCCUCAACACCAUUACCGUCACAUUUAUUAAAGGAUCAGUUCACUCAAAUCCCCAACACACCAAGCAUUUACCCUCGUCGUGGUGUCUGAGGACACUUGGCCAUAUUGACAUCAUAACAUGGUAAACGCUUGGACCUGCAGUUUGUCAAAAGUCUUCAGCUGGACUUGUUCCUGUCCAACAGCAGUGACGGUCUGAUGUGCUCAUCACUUUGACAUGUUGUAGUUUCCUCAGUCUGAUGCAGAAGUUAAACGUGUCUUCCUUUUGCUAAGCAGAAGUGCACAUAACCGCAGUCUGAUAGUCAGUCAAACACCUGAGCACCAGGUGCCCUCUGGACCUCGUCGAUAAACCGUGGACGGGCUGCUUGUACUUUGUACUCACUGUGAGCACAGCUUUAUGGAAGUGAUUUUUAUGACCGGAAAGUUAAAAUGUAAAUGUCAGUAAACAAUAAACUUAAAGUGUGUGAUAUUCCAGUGAGGCUGAUGCACCAGUCGGUGACCAUACCAGAAGCGACCCGUGAUGCCUGCAUGUGGUCAGGAACAGCUUUCAGUGUGUGUGUUCGAUGCUGUUUGUGUCUCUUCUCCCUCGGCUGGAUGGUUAACGAUGAGCCACUGAAGCAACAACAACAACAGAACAGGCAGCAUGUAAACGUGUGACAGGAACAAAACACGAAGCAGCUGAACUGGACGAAAGCUCGGAGGAGGAGAAGCACGAAAACACAAAAAUCACACGACAGAAGACGGAUGAAACCAGAAGAGACCCAAUCUGACACACAGAUGAAAAGGCAGGCUGUGUGUACAUCAAACAGGAAACACCAGGCUUUUAUUUUGGCGGCGUGUGGCCACUAGAUGGCGCCAGCAGCACACGCUUCUCUUGUGUUCUUUGGAUGUUUAAUAGCUGAGUAAGUGAUGGUUUCACAGGAGUCUGCAGGUUUUCUUACAUUUUUAAUGAAGUUUUCACACGAAGAUCGAGAUGAUAAAACAUAUUGUAGACCAACAUGAGAGUCUGUCUGCUUCAGAAGAACCAGACUGAAUUAAGUUUGAUAACUGUGAGCAGAAAGAGAGAAACUCAACCACUCAACGUGUGCGAUUUAAUGAAAGCUUAGUUCAACAUGAAUUUAUCAGUUGUCAAACUGCUCUCAGACUCUCAGCUGAUCUGGAUGAGGAUGAUCAGAGUUCGGCCUGUUUGGAGAGCAGUUUGCUGUCUGAGCUCGUUCUUUCUGUCAGAAAGACCUUCUCAGUCGUCCGGUCGAGUCUCCUGAGGCAGCAGCAGCAGGCAGCCUGAGCAAAACGUAAAAAGACGCCCAUUUUCAAAUGCCCAUCACACGGUUUUCCCCCUCAGGGCAGCUGUGACGAUGGUCGUCGGUCUGAAUCAAACCAUCGGCCAAAGCACCCAGGGGUGACCUUAUCGACUGCUGUUUUCUGUUUUGUCCAGAGAGGAAGAGCAGCAGGUGGAGCAGGAGGAUGGAGGAAGCAGAGCAGAGAGCAGCGUCUGACGUCACGGAGGAGGAGGAGGCGGAGGCAGAGGAGGCUCCUCCUCCACAGGAAACAAACAGUAACUGCAUCCACACUAGCAACGAUGCCACUUCCUGUGCAGCUGAGGCCACACCUGAGGUCACCAUGGAAACGGGGCAGAGCAAAGACCUUCCAGUGACACCACAGGAACCAGGAAGUGGACCUGUGGUUGUUGAAGGCAACAACAAGAACACAGUCAGUGAGAAGUUGCAACGAGCCCGCAAGUGGAGCAUCUCCAAGUACAAGUCCACCAGACAGGCUCUGUCGGAGAAGCUCGGUCGCGGAUCUCGUACGGUGGAUCUGGACCUGGAGCCUCGAAUCGAGCUGCUCAAAGACGACCGGCAACGCUACGAGAACGUGACCAAGCUGGCCCAGACGCUGGCCAAUCAGCUCGCUCAGUUCACGGUUACCCAGAAGACCCUGGGGGACGCCUUCAGUGAGCUCAGCCUCAAAACACCAACGCUGCAUGUGGAGUUUGGUUUGAAUGCAGAGGCUCAGAAGUUCCUGUCCAAGAGCGGUCAGAGUCUGUCGGGGGCCAUCAACGCCUUCACGUCCGACAUGAACACCCUGAUCAACAAAACCAUCGAGGACACUAUGAUCAACGCCAAGAAGUACGAGGCUGCCAGGGUCGAGUAUGAUGCUUACCGAGUGGACCUGGAGGAGCUGAACCUGGGGCCCCGGGACGCCGUCACCCUGCCCAAACUGGAGCACGCCCAGAAGGAGUUUCAGAGCCAGAGGGAGAGGUACGAGAGGACGCGAGACGACCUGUCCGUCAAAGUCAAGCUGCUGGAGGAGAACAAGAUCAAAGUCCUCCAUAACCAGCUGUGGCUGCUGCACAGCGCCGUCGCGGCUCACAGUUUGUCGUGUCACAGCUUCCUGGAGCAGAACUUCCGGCAGGCCGAGGGACACCUCAACCAGCCCAGCAUGGACGCCCCCUCCUGGCUGGAGGAAAGUUGACAGUCCAGCGUGGCCACGUGGAAGGCGGGCUGAAGCGAGUUCGGAGGACGUUUCGCAUUAAUGGACGCCACUGCGGGAAAAGAUUGGGAGACGCUUGUUUUGGGAUUUUGGGAGGUUAAAUUUGGGAACAGUUAGGUGGGAAGUUAGUUAAUUUAUACCAGACAGCAGGAGAUUUCCAGCAUCUGGAAAACUCUGUCCAACUUAGUGUUUGCUACGAUAACAGGAACUUGGAUAGUUUUGGGGGAAAUGAAUUAUUUUGGAGAUUGACUGUCUGGAAAUACUUAAAGCUGUUGUAAUUUCAUCACUUUAUGGGUCUCAACAUGUUGUGAAAAGGCAUAAAAAGCCUCUGAUGUGCCUUAUUUUGAAAAUGAUGUUUCGGACAAAGAGCGUCAGUAAUCGUCAGUCGUCCUGUGCUGUGCGCCAUCCACAGCUGUUCAGUGUUCGGCAGAAACUCGCAGCCCUCGCGGUUUCCUUUGCCUUUUGCCUGCCUCUGCAGUAAAUCCAGCUAAUCCUUUCUGAGGCGCUAAGCCUUUCUUUGAACUCCUAAAAAUCCUCAGCCGCUGCAGUCAGGAAGUCGCAGCGACCCAAAGUGCCUCAACACUACAGCAGGAAAGCAGCUCGAGCGUCCACGCAGGCUGCACCGGCAGCCCGGGUCCCGUCCCGAAGACGCUCCUGUGUCCCGCCUGGGGCUGAUGACAUACCUCUCUUGUUGAACUUAUUGUGUCUUCCUGUUCUUUCUUUAACGACCAUAAAAGCAUCAGCAGGUCGUACUGAGCUGGAGCUCGUGCUGAAGAAACUCGUCUCCAGUGUGUUUGUUUUAGCCGAAUACCAAAGUGGUUCUGAUUAAACUCUGUGGUGAAUUUGAA